CGUUUUAAUAUCGAGUGACGCACCAACGAGGAAGAAGAAGAAGAAGUCAGCCACAGCAUUAGCAUUAGCAGCAUUAGCACAGAUUAUGUCGUAGACUAAAUAAAAAUGGAUAAAAAGAAAAAACCUUUCGCCGUGACGGCUUCAUCGCUGGUGGACCUGAAAGCUGAACUCUACAGGAAGCAGGAGCAGUUCAAACAUGACAAACUGAGGCAGGUUCACGCUGGAGCAUCAAGAUCCAGAGACACCAAGAAACCUACGGUGUGGAGCAAACAAAAUGCUGGUGUGUCAGCGAGAGCUGAGAAAGACGCAGAGCAGCUGUCCGAGGAGCAGAACAGCCUCGACGCUUCAAAACGCAGGCUGGAGGAAAAGGCCAAACUUUACGAGCAGAUGACAAAAGGAGACUUUCCAGAUGAAGAGACCGAGGGACUGUUCCUGGUCGACUUCACCCAGAAGAUUAUCGACAAAAAGAGAGAAACACUUGCACAGAAGGAAAGAGAUGAGGAGGAGGAGAGAGACGACCCGUCUCCUAUCCCUCCUCCGCAAAACCGGGAUGAGGAAUGGGUGGAUUACGUGGAUGCUUUAGGCCGAUCUCGUCGAUGCAUGAAGAAAGACCUGCCAGGUUUUCAGAAAAUGGACCAAGACCUGAAAGGAAAAGGGAGCGUCCCGGCUGACCUCCUGUCAGAGGACAUGCGUCGAGAGCUGCAGAGGCAGGAGUGGGAGAGGGAAGAAGAGGAGGCUAUGAAGAGGCCUGUCGGACCGAUCCACUACGAGGACAUCAGAGGACAAGAGGCUCGGGAGCUCGGUGUGGGUUACUUUGCGUUCGCUCAGGAUGGAGAGUCCCGCAGGAAGCAGAGAGAAACUCUGGACAUGCUUAGAGACCAGACAACAGAGCAGCGCACGAAGAGGGAAAAACUGAAGGAGAAGAGACAAGCCAUCCUGCAUGCCAGACUGGCCAAGGUGAGGCAGAGGAAGCUGAAGAAGGCCAAGCUGGACGGCACUGAAGAUGAGGAGAAUGAAGGAGAGGAGGGGGAAGAUGAGUUAAUAGGACCAACGCCUCCACCGGAGGAAUUCCCAGAGAUCAGCACGGUGAAGAAGGUGGAGGUUGAGAUCCAGGAAAGGAAGGACACCAAACCGGGAGUUCCUCAUGUCAGAGAAUGGGACAGAGGGAAAGAAUUUAUGUUCAGCGAAUGGAAAAGUCGUCGGCGUGAAGAGCGAGAUACAGAGUUUGCGCCUCCCACUGCGUACUUCAGCGAGGAGAAGAGACAAACGUUUGGGAAGAAUAAAACUCAGGAGAAUAAAUCCAAGAUGUCCUUUAAGUGGACGAAAGGCCCGGAGAAGGAGGAGAACAAGGAGGAACCACAACCUCAACCUGAAACCUCUCCCUCACAUCCUCCUCCUCCUCCCCCUCCUCCUCAGCAAGAUCCUCCACCUGCUCCACAACCGCAGUCUUCAUCGCAGUCAACACCUCCAGAUCACCCGACAGACUCAGCUCCUGUUUCUGUUCCCCCCUUUAAUCCUCCCCAGUAUGCCCCUCCUCAAUUCUAUCCUCCAUUUUAUCCUCCUCCUCACUUCGCUGGACCACCUCACCUGUUUCCUCCACAGUAUCCGCCCCAGUACCCGCCACAGUAUCUGCCUCAGCAGCCCCCACAGUACCCGCCUCAGCAGCCCCCACAGUACCCGCCUCAGCAGCCCCCACAGUACCCGCCUCAGCAGCCCCCACAGUAUCCGCCUCAGCAGCCUCCACAGUACCCGCCUCAGCAGCCCCUGCAGCCUGCGGAGCCUGGCCAGGCCCAGCAGCCCGCACAGAGUUUAGACGACAUGCUGUCCUUCUACAGGAACUUUUCCUGAUCUCUAAAUUACAAAAUAUAUUGUUGUUGUCUCAACUCUUUGGAGUGUUUAGCAUUUAAUAAAUAUCGGAAACUGAACUGAA